CCAGCUGGUCACAGUGGAGGCAGACAUGGACGGCCCCUCGCAUGCCCCACCCCUGCUGAUGCCAGACUGGACGUCAGCGUGGCAGACAUCCGGCGCCGAGCUCCAGGAACCGAUCGGCUCCUCGGUUCCGUCUGUUUCACAGCAGCGAGCUGCAAGUAGGCCGGAGGAUGGAUCUGAGAGAGUUGCUGUGAGGACGCCAAACCUUGAAGGGUAUUUGCCCACCACUGGCCCCUCCCUUUCAUCCUUCCCGCACGCUAUGACAACGGUUACCAUGGCAGCCCAUCAGCCAGUGCAAAAAUCUAGAUCAGGGUUAGAGGAGAUGGAGUCUGAGGAGGAGACAGAUGACGACGAGGAGGACGACAACUCUGAGGAGUCGGUGGAGAGCGAGGAGGACCUGACAGAUAAGCCAAAAACAUUUGCAACGCUGCCUCCCUACAGCCUCAUCCCACCGCCUCCUGUCUGGGUUCAACGCAACCAGGGGCUGAUGCGAAGCUGGGUAGAGCUGAUCAGAGAAAAGGCGGGUUAUGUGUCCGGGAUGUUGGCCCCGGUGGGCAUCGGCAUCACAGGGGCCCUGCUAAUCGUCGGCGCCCUCUACAGCAUCAGGAUGAUUCACCGCAAGAGGAGGAACAGCUUCAAGCACCAGAGGAGGAAGGUCAGGCAGCCAGAGCAACCCACAGAGCCCAGCACUAGUCCUCAGGACCAGGCCAUGCUGCUGGCCGACAGCUCCGAAGACGAAUUCUGAUCGAACUUUAUUUGGGGGGGGGGGCUCCUUUUUGUCGGCGACCACUGCCCGACACUCCUGUAACGGAGGCUCGGCGAACAUCACCAUCGCUAUGACUACUGCAUCUCUAAUCACCUCGGGCCGUUCGGCUAUGACUCAUCUGAUCCACAGAGUGUGACUGAGUACAGGGCACAAUUUGCACGGGCUGCACAAUGGUCGGCUUUGUAAACCCCCCACCCAUCCUCAAAGUACCAAUGUGAGUUGUCAGGUGACGUUGACUCUAGUGGCUUGGCAGGGCCGGUGUGGUGCACUUUGACUUAAAAAAAAGAAAUAAUAAUACUGAUGUGAAAACAAAAUGUAUUUCCAGGGUAUCGGUGGGAUUCAAGUGUUGCUGGUUUAACCGAGGUUUCGUGGAGUGGAGAACCAGCAGGUGUUCUGUCAAGUAAUAAAAGGGCUGUAGAAGGGUGACAUUACACAAUGUAAAUAUUUGUCAUGUUGGUGUAAAUAAAGGUUCAUUUUUAGAUACACGUUAGCAUUUUUGGGAAAAGAAAAUAGCUGGAUUAGAGGACGGACACAGCUAGAUAAUUUAGCAUAAAGCCAGCUAGCCAGGCUCUGUCCAAAUGGGCAUACAGCACCCCCACAGCUCACCAACAAACGUAUGUCUUAUUCAUUUAUUGUGAACCAAAAAUAAAGUGUAGAAAUGGAAAUUAGGCACUUUAUGGAGAUGCUAAACAAACAUUAUCUCCACUAAAAAAAGUGUUUGUGAAGAAUUAUCUUAUUUGUUUUAUUUUUUGCCAAUAAAACGACCCAGGCCAACUGUUCUCAUGGUUUUCAGGUUUGAUGCUAAGCUAAAACAAGCGAAGCUAGUCAUCUCCUGACUGCUGUUUUCAACAGGAUCAAGCCAGGCUAGCUGUUUAGAGAUUUUUUGCGAAGUGUCUCCUGGCUGCCACCAUUAGCAUCAUAUUUCCAUACUACAGUGGUAACAGUCUUAUAAUUUAACUCUUUGCAAGAAAACAAACAAGUGUGUAUUUGAAAAUGAAGGCUUUUUCUUAGAUUAGGAUUUUAGAAGUCU